AUGUCAUCUAGAAAACAAUUGUUAAGUUUCACAUCGUCAUUUUUGACACUGAGAAGAACAAUAAAACGAUAUGAUAAUAGUAUGAGAAAAUAUUUGGACGAUGAUAGAAAUCCUUAUCUUAAAUCCCAAAUUGAGGGAAUACAAAUGAAAAGAAGCAGAAAAAGCGUAUUCGAUAAAUUAGUCGAUAAACGUACAACAGGAUUUACACAAUAUUUUCCAAAAGCUGUAAGUGGUGAACCAUCUAUAUUGAAAAAACCACAUGUUUCUUAUGAUCAUAUUGGACAAAAACGUGCUUUGUAUUUAAGCAAAGUAUUACGAACAUUUUUAGCUGAUCGUAUUGGAACAGGAGAAAUCGGUGGUAUCCUAGCUGGAAAACAAUUCCAUUUGACAAAUAUAAUUAUUCCAGUGGAUUUAAAUCGUAUUGAAAUUCAUUGGUGGUCGCCUGAAAAUGAAACACAAGUUAUUGAAGAUUGUUUAAAAAACGCUGGAGAGGAUUUGAAAAAUGCUCUUCGCCUAUCUCGUUUAUUACCGAAUCUGCCACCUGUUCUAUUUAAACGUGAUGAUCUUCGUUCAAAUGUUGAAGAAAUCCACGAAUUGUUAAAUAAUGCCGAUAUGGGACCAAAAGAGACAGAGAAAAUAAACGAUGGUCUUCUACCAGUAUCAGAUUCCAUUCACGAACGAAGAGAUUUAUAUGACAGUGAUCGAACAGUAUUACUUCAAAAACUUUCAAAAACAUCUUCGGAUAUUUCACUAACUAAUGCUGAUGAUGACGACAACGACGAUAAUAAAGACAUUAAAAAAUCGGUAACAAUCGACGAUGUACAGCGACAUAUGAAAGCAUUUGCAUUAACGAAAAAAAUGAAAAAAGAACAGGAAAGUCGUAGUGCCAUGUAUGGUAUUAUGGAAUUAGAGCAUGAACGUAAACUAGCAAAAGAAGAACAUUUUAGAUUAACAGAAUGUCGCGAAGAUACAACUCCUACCCUAAAAUAA